AAAAUGGAUCCGUAGCAUUUAUGUAUCUAUCUAUCUAUCUCCCACGCCUAAACAUUCACAUUCUAUUUCUAUUCAUUCAUUCAUUCACACACAAAAUGCCAGGAAGUACGCCGGUGAGAAAGCCACACACUAACACCUCCGAUCUCCUCACUUGGUCCGAAGUCCCUCCGCCUGAAUCCUCCUUCACCCCCUCCUCCACCCGCUCUCGCCAGCCUUCUGAUAGAAUCAGUAAGGUUCUCAAUAGCGACCAGCUCACCGAAGAAGAAGCUCAGACUCUCACCCAAAGCAAGCCAUGCUCAGGAUAUAAAAUGAAAGAGAUGAGUGGAAAUGGUAUAUUUUCUGCCGAUGCUGAAGAUUCUGCUUCUGAAGCCAGUUCUGCAAAUGCAAAUAACAGAACUAGCAUACGCAUAAUUCAGCAAGCGAUAAAUGGAGUUAGUCAGAUAUCAUUCAGCACUGAAGAAAGUGUUACUCCUAAGAAACCUACCUCAAUACCUGAGGUAGCAAAGCAGCGUGAACUGAGUGGGACUUUGCAAAGUGACUCUGAAACAAAGACUCAGAAGCAAAUAUCAAAUGCCAAGAACAAGGAGCUCAGUGGAAAUGAUAUAUUUGGCCCACCUCCUGAAAUUGUGCCCCGUUCCGUAGCAGCUGUACGAACUUUGGAAUCAAAGGAAAGUAAGGACAUGGGAGAACCUCUUCCUAGAAAUGUGCGAACAUCAGUUAAAGUUUCUAAUCCUGCAGGUGGCCAAAGUAAUAUCUUAUUUGGCGAAGCACCUGCUGAGAAGACAUCAAAGAAGAUACAUGACCAGAAGUUUGCAGAGUUGUCCGGCAAUAAUAUUUUCCAUGGGGAUGUUCCUGCAGGAUCGGUAGAAAAACCUCUGAGCAGGGCAAAACUGAGAGAAAUAUCUGGCAGUGACAUAUUUGCUGAUGGAAAGCCAGAAAUCAAAGACCCUAUUCGAGGUGCCCGGAAACCCCCUGGUGGAGACAGCAGCAUUGCCUUGCUUUAAAUUACGAUGAUAUUUAAAUGUUUAAACUUAGCCCCUUUGACGUAGGCAUUCUAUAAUUCUGUCUGAGCUCCCAUUACAAGGGUCAGUAUGAUCGAUUAUCAGCAUUGUAGGUGUUAAGUUUUAAAUUUCAACUUUGCUCGGAGCAUGGCAUAACUCAGUCUUACUUAGAAGAUGAUAACAUGAAAUGCCCCUUAGACUAUUUUAUUUUAGUGUUUACUUAUCUCCAAGCUGUCAAACAUGCUAAACAAUAAUUAAUUAUAUCUUGUUAACAGCAAGUUUGGUCA